AUCAAUUUCUAUACACUUAAAUGAGGUGAACCUUGCUUGUAUGUUUUGGUUGAUUGCUUGUAGCAAAGAAUACAGCAAGAUAUUAAAAGUUGAUGAUGUCAUUGUAUUUUAGAUAUACAUUUCUGUUUUUGUACUUCAUAUGUUUUGUGUUCCAGGACCCUCGGGGAUGUGCGGAGCUCCGUUGUGGUUUUUAGCAGUGUUUGCAGUAUUGGCAGCAUCCGUCUUUCUCAUGGCUCUCUCUCUUCCCGCGGAUCGGAGCCGAGCGCAAGUUCGCUGGCAAGAUGACGCCGUGGGCUCAGGACACCGGCCUGGAACAGAGUCUAAUGAGUGACUGGUCUGUGAGUCUGACGUCUCUGUACAGUUUACUGAAGUCCAGACUGUGUCCAUACUUCUACCUGUGUUCAUACCAGUUCACUGUGCUCUUCAGAGCUGCUGGUCUUAAUGGUUCCAGAAAUAUCAGCGCACUUAUGACUCCCACCACUAGAGGACUUCGUGAAGCCAUGAAGACUGAAGGAAUUGAGUUCACACUCCCCCUGCUGGAGGAGAAGAAGAAGAGCAAAGAUUCAUCUGAGGUCAGCGAGAGCUCUCGACAGGCUGAUGGUGAAGAUCCGCUCAGGAGCUGUGAUGAUGUAAAAAGUGAUCACAGUGAAGAUGAAGAUGUGGGUGAUGAUGACAUCGAUGAUGAUGGUGGAUUUUCUUGGUUAAAGGAGAUGGGCGUCCAAGACAAGAUCAAGAAACCUGAUGCUAUUUCUAUCAAACUUCGUAAGGAGCACAGAGAGGUUCGGUUAGAUCACAGACCGGAGUCGGUGGUGCUGGUCGAGGGUUCAAACACAUUCACUCUGCUGAACUUUCUGAUUAACUGUAAGAGUUUGGUAGCUGGAGCCGGAUCUCAGGCCGGGCUUCCUCCAACACUUCUCGCCCCUACGGCUUUCAGAGGAGCCACACUGCACGCGCUAAAGGCACGUACAGUGAAUGUAAAGACUCAAGUUCGAGCGGGUUAUCAGGACGUGUGCAGUCUGGAGGUGACGGGACAUCACACACUGCAUGCACUGACCCAGCUGUUAAAACCCGCUCAGAAGAGUGAAUUCUCUGUCGGCCUGUAUACUCAUGAACCCACCGCUGUCCUUAAUGUUCCCAUUGGUCAAGCAUCUGAACUGGAGACACCGGACGGUGUGGUGCAGGAUCUGGUCAGGUGUGGUCUACAGCAGAGUACAGUUGAGCAGCUGGCCGUGCCAACAACACUGGGAAAAUCUGCUCUCAGACAGCUGCACAUGAAAGGACAUUCAUACAGCUGGAGGUCCUGAGACACAGACCACAUCUAUUCAUAUCUGUGAUGGUGUGACUUACUAUACCAGCUGACACCGGUGAUGCUCUUCCCACUGUAGUACAAGUGUGUCUGAAGUGACUUUAGAACUCUGAUAGUUGUUUCUUUAUACUGCAACUAUUGACUAUCAUGUCAGUUUAAGUGUUUUAAUACCUGUUUUACGUUUUAAAUAUGUUAUUUUAUCAGGGAUUAACUUGUGUUGACUGCAGCUAAAUGUUUUUUUAGGCUAAUGUUGUAAUAUUUAUCACACCUGUAUAAAAUUGUAAUAUUAAAUGAAAUAUUUGAAAUCAUUUUUGCUUUUCUUCACAUAUUACUAUCAUCAGUGUGUUGAGUGUAUAAGAAGUUCCUGUAGUGUACUGUAUCAGAUAUACUGAUGGUAGUAAAUUGAAAUUUUGAAUACCAUAGUAAUGAAUAAUCAUGUGUCAUGGGCGUAUAUGACAU